GUUCACGUUUUUGAUUGAAAGUAUAAUGAUAGUGGAUGAUUUCGUACGCUUUACGAACUUACAGACCAAUUCGUAGGCUUUUAUUGUCCCUUCCGCGCAAUAAUUUCGCAAUCGCAUUCAACAAAUGAGACGUUAUGGUGCGAACAAUCGAAUUAAAGAGCGGUGCAGAUCGAAAACACCGCUAUUUUAGUUAGGCACGCAAUAACGUUUGCUUGUAGAUGUACCAGAGUCCUUUUUACGGUGGUCUCAGUACAAUUGGUAAAGAACAAAAGAAGGAACCACCAAAAUUAGUAAUGGGCCCUCCUCCAAAGCCGAAAAAAAUACCCCCUCCUCCAGCUUGUUUUUCUCCAGAGGAUUUAGCAAGAUUUAAGGAAGUUUUCAAAGCGCAUGAUGAAGAUAAUAUUGAUAAGGUAAAGUUGCCAGAAAUCCCGAUAAUGUUAAGGAAACUUGGAUUUAAUCCGAAAGGCGCGGAAAUCAAAUUUCUGUACGAGAAAUUUCUAGAAGACGAGUUCGUGGAUACGGUCGAGUAUUUCGAGUGGCUUUUCAUGAUAGAAGCUAAAAUUAAUAUGGGUGAUGAUUUUGAAUUAGCAGUCACCAAAGCCAUGGCAACUAUAGGACACGAUGAUGAAGAGACUGGUUUUACAGAUUUAAAUUUACUAAAAGAGGAACUAAUGGUUUGGGGUGAACCUUUGCUUGAAAUUGAAUUUGUCGACUUUAUAAAAGUGGCGACGAAAAAUAAAACAUUCACUCCGUUAGAUGGUAAAUUUAAUUAUGUUAAAUUUAUCGAGCUUAUGAACAAUGCUGAUCAGAAAUUCUUUAAAGAACCAAUAAACUUCUUUAAAUUAGACCAAAAGACGUUAGCGGCAAUGGCAAUACAGAAGGCUCAAGAAGAGAAGGAGGAAGAGGAGAGGAAGGAGGCUGAGAGGCUCGCUAAAGAAGAAGCCAAGAGGCAAAAAUUAAUACAGCAAGGGCUUUUACCAGCUGAUUAAAUGUAAUUCUUUUUUUUAAUGCACUACACUUUUUUUAUCUAAAUGAUCAGUGCAAAAAACGCUAUUUUAAUA